GAUAUAAUAUAUAUAAAUGAUGACUAAUCGGGAAUAUCCAUAUCAUACGGAAAUAACAAACCUCCAAUUGAGUUUUAUUCCGGUAAAUGUUGUCACCCCCCAAAAAUUUGCAUGACUUCGAUUUGCUAAUGCUUUUAAACGGCAGAACGAUUAAAAUAGGGGUGGGUUACAAAUCUCAUUAACAUAUAUGUUAAAGACCCCCGGUAAACUAAAGAUUUACUUGAAAAUGAAAAUAUCACUUCGCCUGUCAUUCCGCUGCGUCACUAAUCUCGUGCUCUCCUACUCGCUUUGUUUUGCUCACACUGUUCACAGUUUAUCAAAUUUCGUUUACUAAGUUGGACUCUACUGAAUUUUGGAUUUGUUAAGGAUUUCCAAUGUCUCUACACCGUUCUUCUAAUGGACCUCCACCGGCCAAACCACUUGUCGCUCUUCUAGAUGGACGUGAUUGCACCAUUGAGAUGCCUUUACUGAAAGAUGUAGCUACGGUCGCUUUUUGUGACGCAUCAUCAACCAGCGAAAUACACGGGAAAGUUCUUGAAGAAGCUGUUGGAGCUCUAAUGUGGCAUACUAUUUCAUUAACACGUGAAGAUCUUCAGAAGUUCAAAUCUUUGAAGAUAAUUGUGAGAAUUGGGAGUGGUUAUGACAACAUUGACAUAAAAGCAGCUGGAGAACUUGGUAUUGCUGUCUGUAAUGUUCCAGGUUUUGGAGUUGAAGAGUCUGCGGACACUACCCUUUGUCAUAUCUUGACCUUGUAUCGUCGUACUUAUUGGCUUGCAAAUAGUCUUCAAAUGGGCAAACGGAUUAAUGGACCGGAGCAUUUAAAAGAAGUUGCGAAUGGAUCUGCUCGGAUACGGCGAGAUACACUUGGCAUUGUGGGUUUAGGUCGAGUUGGGACGGCUGUUGCUCUACGAGCUCAAGCUUUUGGAUUUCAUGUAACAUUUUAUGAUCCUUAUCUACCAGAUGGAAUUGAACGAUCACUAGGUAUCGAACGUGUUUACAGUCUACAAGAUCUUUUAUUUCAAAGUGAUUGUGUUACAUUGCAUUGUUCUCUUAAUGAACAGAAUCGUCAUAUGAUCAAUGAGCAUACAAUAAAGUUAAUGAGACCAGGUGCUUUUUUGAUCAAUACUGCUCGAGGAGGUUUAAUAGAUGAAGUAGCGCUUGCAGCUGCUUUAAAAGAGGGUCGAAUUCGUGCUGCUGCAUUAGAUGUAACUGAAACUGAGCCAUUUGUUUGGAGUAAUAGUGCUUUAAAAGAUGCUCCAAAUCUUAUUGUCACACCACAUAUGGCAUUUUACAGUGAAUCAAGUAUGCGUGAAAUGCGUGAAGCAGCUGCAAAUGAAAUUCGCAGAGCUAUAUUGAAUCGUAUUCCAGAUUGUCUUCGAAAUUGUGUCAAUAAAGAAUUUAUGCCGAAUUCUGGUUCAUCAGGAUUUUCUCAUGGUUGUUCCAGCAAUUCUUUGUCAAAUAACAUCAGCAACAAUCCUUUGCUUAAUAAUAGUCAUCUGUCCCUUGCAGCAGGUAUUCCCGGUGUUAAUGCUCUUAAUAAUAGCGUUGCUUCAGGACUAGAAAGCGCCGCACGUGGUUUACAUCCUGCUGCUGCAGCUGCAGCCUUCGGUCUUUCUGCAGGCCUGUUUUCCUCCGCAACAGGCGGAGGCGGUGGCUUGGGGGAGUAGGUGCUAACAGUCUUCCAUUCCCUGCUAAUCUAAUCGGUGGUUCAGGAAUAGGCCUGUCGAAUGCCGGUGGUGGUAUUUUAACUAACAGUGGUGGUCCAACAACAAUUCCAGCCUUACCUCCUCCACCUGCUGUUGCUGCAGCCGCUGCGGCUCAUUUAGCUGGUCUUCCUCCUGUCUCUGCAUAUGCCAAUUUCUUCCCUCCUGGUUUGGCCGCUGGCUUAGGCCUUCCACUUCCUCCUCCACAUGGUCCAUCUUUAGGUAACGUUUCCGGGUCGAUAGGAGGCACAACUACUGGAGCUUCAACGAGCGUCACUACAGGCAGUUGUAGUAAUAAUUCCACUUCUGGUUCAGGAGGUCAAACAGUCAGCUCCCCUUCACCUGCCACCAGUGGAUGCAUUCCCGGUGUAUCCAGCAGUACAUUCGACAGUGUACACGCAAGACUUGCUGCUGCUGCCAGCCUAGUUGCAUCAGGUCUUAACCCGAGAUCUUCAUGAAUUAAUUACUAAUUCUCCUAUUGAUAUCAUCAAUCAAACGGUUUUGUAAAGAAGAACAAACUACUAUUCACUUGUUUUGUUAAACUUGUUAAAACAAUACAGUUGUUUAUUCCUUUUGUCGUGCGAGUGAAUAUGGCAUAUCUCAUAUCCAUCGCAUGUGUACUUCCCUGCAUUAAUAAAAUGUUGUGUUAUGAUUUAUUUUUUAAAUUAUAUAUACAUAUAUAUAUUUAUACAUUCAUUCAGUGUCUUCGAGUUUAUUUAUUUAUUCA